CCUCAAGUUCGCCCUACAACUAGCCCAUAUUCGCACGGCGGCUUCUUCGGACCCCUUGUCCCCAGCGGCGACGCAAGUCGCCCGCUGUCGCGAGUACGAACGACGAACAAAUAUCAACCAAUAAUCCCCAAUAAUCCGGCGGCGGGGCUCUGAUGAGCCCCGCCGCGCGCAGCUGAGAACGGAAAGAUCCGUUGGAAGAUGAGACGGAGGACGAGGACUGUGACCGACAUUGCGCAGCUUGAGCGAUCGCUCCAAGCUGCGCAUCUGAGGUCACAGUCCCCGUCCUCCACGGUAUGUCAAUUUGUUAUGCAUCGUCGAACAAGGUCCGACCUCUCACCAGUGUGUCUGGUCCGCGCUCGCGGGCCGACCCAUCCAGCAUGGUUUGAUGCCAGCGGUCCGCUACGGGCUGCGCAACUGACCAUGCAGAUGGUCCCGAUUGAAAGCCGAGCGGCUUACUGCUCGACUUCACUGUCGAUUUCCUUGAGCAAGGAUCUCCCUGCGUGCUCCAACAGGCUGCUAUACGCGCUAUUGGCAAGCACAGGUUUCACAACCCCCACUAGCGGUCGUUAAAUUACGACCACGGCUUUCAUUGAGGAGGUUUCAUUGCUCAAAGCCUGUCCGGGCAUGUGAGCUGGACUUUCCCUUGAGACCAUCUGUCCCAGCUAGGACAACGUAUGGUCACCU